AUGGGUGUUGUGAGCGAGGGAGAUUACGGCAUUCCUAAAGGCAUUUGGAGCAGUUUCCCAGUGACCUAUGGUGACAAGCCAGAGGAACAGUUCAAGAACGCCGAUGUGAUCGUGUUCAUCGGAGGAUUCCCCAGAAAGCCAGGAAUGGAAAGGAAGGAUCUUAUGCAUCAAAACAAACUGAUCUUUGUGGAACAAUCCAAGGCCUUGAAGGUGGCAAGCCCCGAUGUCAAGUGCGUUGUGGUUGCCAAUCCCGCCAACUCUAACACCGUGAUGCUCAGCCACUUCGCUCCCCACGUCAAGAAGGAGAACAUCACCUGCCUCACCAGGCUCGACCACAACCGCGCCAUCGCCCAAAUCGCCGGCAAGACUGGAGCCAAGGAGACCGAAAUCGAAGGAGUCUAUAUCUUCGGAAACCACUCCCUCACCCAAUACCCCUGCAUUAACAACAUCAAGGUCAAGGGAAAACCCAUCUCUGACUACGCUGAUAAAGAAUGGCUCACCAAGACCUACAUCCCCAAGGUCCAGAAGAGAGGAGGAGAGAUCCUGUCCGUCAGAGGAGGAAGCUCAGUCUUCUCCGCUGCCAACGCCGUCAUUGACCACCUCAGAGAUUGGUAUCUUGGCUCUGACAGAGUCACCUCUAUGGGUAUCGUCUCUGAAGGAGAUUACGGAAUCCCCAAGGGACUCUGGACCAGUCUGCCAGUGCGCUGCAAGGGCAACUUCAAGUACGAGAUCGUGAGAGAUGUUCCUCUUUCUGAUUUCUGCAAGGGAAAGAUUGCGGAGACUGUGAAGGAGCUUGAAGAGGAGUAUUACUUCUACUUCCAGAAAUGA